AUGGAGGAAGAACUCAAUUUAUUCAUCGAAGUAUGGGUUUCUGCAAUCAUCUCAGUAACUUAUUGUUACUACUUACCACUGAAAAUCAAAACCAGUGUACUUCGAUUACUUUAUGUUCUUCCUGUUUGUGCUUUGUUUCUUGCUCUUCCUAUGUUUUUCUCCACUGUUCAUUUCUCUUUCACUAUAGCCUUUUUCCUCUCAGGUCUUGCAGUUCCAAAACUCAUCCUCUUUGCAUUAGAAAAAGGUCCUCUUUUUCCACUUCCUCAUAAUCUCCUUCAAUUCAUCUGCUUUGCUUGCUUCCCCAUCAAUUUUCAAAUAAACCCUAACCCUGGAAAUCCUAACCAUUUCCCCAAAUGGGUUUUUGCCCUUAAAGUUUUAAUCUUUGGUGCCUUGUUACUACAAGUGUAUGAUUACAAACAAUUUCUUCCUCCGAAUUUUCUAUUGGGUCUCUAUGCUCUGCAUAUAUACUUAGAGCUUGAGAUUUCCUUGACCUUGAUAAAAUUUCUCGUCAGUAUAACUCUAGGGUGUGAUCUCGAGCCACAAUUCAAUGAACCAUACUUACUAGCCACCUCUCUAUAUGACUUCUGGGGUCACCGAUGGAACCUCAUGGUCUCGAAGAUUCUUUGGCUCGCAGUGUACCUCCCUAUACGGAAAUGGCGAGCAAAGAGCUCCGAGUGGGAUAGGUUCUUCGCGAUUUUCGCCACGUUCCUCGUCUCUGGUGUGGCUCACGAGAUUCUCUACUUUUAUUUGACACGUGAGAAGCCUACAUGGGAGGUGACUUGGUUCUUUGUGUUACACGGGCUUUGCAUGGCGGCUGAAGUGGCAGUGAAGAGGAAGACGAAGUUGGUGCAGCGGUGGCAGGUGAAUCCGGCAGUGUCCAGACUGCUUACGGUGGGGUUUGUGUUUGUGACUGGUGUUUGGCUAUUUUCCCCUCAUCCUAUUAGGCACGGCUUGAGGGAGAGAUUCAUCAUCAAUGAAGACUUGUUUUUAAUUGAUUUCUUUAAUCGCAAGUUAUUUAUUCUGAUAGGGUUGUUUACGAGUAUUGGAUAAUGUGCAAGUGCAAGAUGGAUCGAAUCACGAAUUCACCAGAUCGUUUUAUGCAGUUAAUCGUGUUUCAACGAGAGUUAUUAGUAAGAAAUCCUAGUGUGUCUAUUGUUAUAUACAUUUCGUUGAGACGGUCAAAUAAAUUAACUCGCAGA